CAGUGUCGCAGUGAAUGCUGGGUGUGACAGGCAUGGAAGAGACGCCGGCACAACGUGAAGCUGGAGAGAUUCCUUGUGAGGAGUCUUUUGAUCAAUUUUUAGUACAGCAUGAAACGGCUCUCAGGUCAUCUGCAGUUCCACAGAUAUUUUGGAAGAGUUUGCAUUACAAGCUUAUUAACGAGGUCUUUGAUGCCGGACAGUUCUUUGGUAUAAUGCGAACAGAGGAAGCAGAUGAUGAUGAUGAACAGCCACAACUUGAAGAAAAGAAAAGAUCAAAUCCAGGAGUUGAGCUUUCUUGUAAAGUUAUUGUGACCAAUGAAAAUGGUGUUCGGGCUGAAGAUCCUAACAGUAUAUUUCUUAUAGAUCAUGCCUGGACAUAUCGGGUUAAUAGUGCUCGGCAGCAUUUACAGGAGAUUCCUGGACUACUCCAUCGUAUGGCUAACCUUAUGAAGAUUGAUUUUCAUGGUGAAUUCCCUGAUGAGAAUGUGGUGAAUAAAGUGCUCUCUGAGAUGUGGAAGUACAACCAGACUUACCAGCUGUCCCGGGGGACUGCGGAGGAAAAAGUUCCAGUGUGGUACGUCAUGGAUGAAUUUGGCUCUGAAAUACAGCAUUCAAAUGAACCAACCUGUUGCACUGCUCCUUUAUUUUACACAUCACAGCAGAUUGCUUACACCAUCCUGUGGCCUCUCCGGGAUCUGGACAGUGGAGAGGAGGUUACACGUGAUUAUGCCUAUGGGGAACCUGAUCCUUUGAUUCGAAAGUGUAGGUUGUUGCCAUGGGAAUAUGCUGACCUACAGAGAUUGAGCUCCUAUAUUUCUGAACCACCAGAUGCUUAUUAUGAGACAAUUUUUCAAGAGAACAAAGAAACUCUUCCUCUUCCAGUUGAGCCUCAGGUAUAUCCAAAAGACAAGAUAUUUAGGGUUUUAACUGAGAUGACAUACAUUCAUGAAAAUAUGAAACAUCCACGUUUUAUUUUCACUAGUUGCAAAGAUGAGGCAGACAUCCUUUUCAUGUAUUCUCACAUUAAAGACUACAGAAAGUUGAGUGAAGAGAGACCUCAUGUUCUAGUGAAUCAAUUUCCAUGUGAGAACAUUGUGACAGUGAAAGAUUGCUUGGCUUCUGUGGUAAGAAGACUUGGCUUGGUAGAAAGUACAAAAUGGCUGCCACUUACAUUUAAUCUUCAAACUGAGCUGCCACAGUUUAUUAGCUACUAUCAACAAAACCAAGCAAGAGGUAAAGAUAAUCAUUGGAUUUGUAAGCCAUGGAACCUUGCAAGAGGCCUGGACACCCAUAUAACAAAUGACCUAUCCUAUAUCAUUCGACAGAGAGAAAGCACACCAAAGGUGGUGUGCAAAUACAUUGAAAAUCCAGUGCUGUUCAAGAGGGAAGAAAUUGGAAUGGUAAAGUUUGAUAUUCGCUAUAUAGUUCUCCUCCGUUCAGUAAGGCCAUUACAGCUUUACGCCUACAACGUUUUCUGGUUACGAUUUGCCAACAGGCCAUUUUCCUUGGACCACUUUGAUGAUUAUCAGAAACACUUUACUGUUAUGAACUAUGAAGAAGGAGCCCAUCUUAAACAGGUCCACUAUGAUGAAUUUAUCCAGCUGUUUGAGAAACAAUACCCUGAUCAUCCUUGGACUUCUGUACAGGACAAGCUUUUCAAAUGUUUUGCUGAACUAUUUGAAGUGGCAGCAUCUAGACCAGCCCCUUUUGGUAUAUGUGAUUAUCCAUCCUCUCGAGCUAUGUAUGCAAUUGACCUAAUGCUGAAAUGGCAAAAUACAGACGAAGGUCAAAAGGUUAUGAAGCCACAGAUCCUGGAAGUAAACUUUAAUCCUGACUGUACCAGAGCUUGUAAAUACCACCCAAGCUUCUUUGAUGAUGUGUUUAGCACACUUUUCUUGGAUGAUAGUACCAAUUCCCCAGUAACUCGUAUUGUUUAAUAUUUGUUAAACAUUUUAAAACUAUGAAUACAUAGCAGAGCUUGUGGAUGUUUUACCAUUAGUAAAUAUAAGCAGAAAAAUGAUAAGUAUAA